CGGUCACGUGACGGCUGCCGGCUCGCCAAGAUGGCGGCACCCUGUCUGGUCCUGCUGGCGCUGUCUCUGCUGCUGCCGCUGCUGCUGCUGGGCAGCUGGAAGCGCUGGCGGCGGGAGCGCGCGGCCCGGCACGUACUCGUCGUGGUGCUGGGCGACGUGGGCCGCAGCCCCCGCAUGCAAUACCACGCGCUGUCGUUGGCCAAGCACGGCUUCUCCGUGACCCUCCUGGGGUUCUGCAACUCCAAACCCCAUGAUGAACUCUUGCAGAGUGACAGAAUUCAAAUUGUGCAGCUGACAGAACUUCAGAAUCUUGCAGUUGGGCCCCGAGUUCUCCAGUACGGAGUCAAAGUUGUGUUUCAGGCAGUGCACUUGCUGUGGAUGUUGAUGUGGAGGGAGCCAGCAGCCUACAUCUUUCUCCAGAACCCCCCAGGCCUGCCCAGCAUUGCCGUCUGCUGGUUUGUGGGCUGCCUUUGUGGAAGCAAACUCGUCAUCGACUGGCACAACUAUGGCUACUCCAUUAUGGGUCUGGUGCAUGGCCCCAACCACCCCCUCGUUCUGCUGGCCAAAUGGUACGAGAAGCUCUUUGGACGCCUGUCCCAUGUGAACCUGUGUGUGACCAGCGCCAUGCGGGAAGACCUGGCGGAGAACUGGGGCAUCAGAGCUGUGACCGUCUACGACAAGCCGGCAGCUUUCUUUAAGGAGACACCCCUGGACCUGCAGCACGAGCUCUUCAUGAAGCUGGGCCGCACCCACGCUGCGUUCCGGGCCUGCGCAGACCCCGGGGACCCGGCCACGGAGAGGUCAGCCUUCACGGAGCGGGACGCCCAGAGUGGGAUGGUGACGUGUCUUCCAGGGCGGCCGGCCCUGCUGGUCAGCAGCACGAGCUGGACAGAGGACGAGGACUUCUCCAUCCUGCUGGCAGCUUUGGAAAAGUUUGAACAGCUGACUCUUGCUGGGGACAGUCUUCCUUCUCUAGUCUGCGUGAUAACAGGCAAAGGGCCUCUGAAGGCCCACUACGGCCGCCUCAUCGGCCAGAAGAGCUUCCAGCGCGUCCAGGUCUGCACGCCCUGGCUGGAGGCCGAGGACUACCCGCUGCUGCUAGGGUCGGCGGACCUGGGUGUCUGUCUGCACAAAUCCUCCAGUGGCCUGGACCUGCCCAUGAAGGUGGUGGACAUGUUCGGGUGCUGUUUGCCCGUGUGUGCCGUGAACUUCCAGUGUUUGCAUGAGCUUGUGAAACACGAAGAAAACGGCCUGGUCUUCGAGGACUCGGAGGAACUGGCAGCUCAGCUGCAGAUGCUUUUCUCAAAGUUUCCCGAUCCUGCUGGCAAACUCAGCCAGUUCCGGAAGAACCUCCGGGAGUCAGAGCAGCUUCGGUGGGAUGAGAGCUGGACGCGGACUGUGCUCCCUUUGCUUAUGGACACGUGACCCCCGGGGCCAGAGACUAAAACCCAGGAUCCCCUGGGCCCUUCUCCCCCACCAGCCGAGUCCCAGGGUAGACCUCCCCGAGCAGCGCCGCCUGGUGGUCAGAGGCUGAAA